GGGGGCCAAAUCUAGUCUUUGAGUGUGAGGAUUCAUGCUUCCUCAUUGCUAAACAUGUUCAGGCAGGUGUCCUAGCUCCAUAGGUAUCCACUUAUUGGGGACAUGUAAGUGGAGAGGCAUGAACCUGAUUCAUUUCCUGACCCGGGGAUGCUCCCCAGCCCACAUCUAAACAGAAGCACCACAGGUCAGGCCAGUUCUUAUGGAGUUAGGCAGUGAGAAGAGACUGCCGGAGAUCUGAGGCCCAGCGGUGGGCAGGUAUGUCCCUCUGAGCAGGAGCUGCAGCACAAGGACUCAGUGAGGAGCAACCCCAGCCCUCCAUUCUGACAGUUCCCCCUAAGAGAGAUGGCACCAGCCAGAGCAGGAUUCUACCCUCUGCUUCUGCUCCUGCUGCUGGGGCUCUGGGUGGUGGAGGACCCAGUCAGUGCCAAGCCCAGUCACAUGACCUCAGCUCAGUGGUUUGAAGCUCAGCAUGUGCAGCCCAGGCCUAAGAGAUGCAGCGCUGCCAUGGGCAACAUCAACAAGUACUCCAGACACUGCAAAGGCUUCAACACCUUCCUGCAUGAAUCCUUCUCCAGCGUGGCUGCCACCUGUCAGACCCCCAUCACAGCCUGCAAGAAUGGCCAUAAAAACUGCCACCAGAGCCAGAAACCUGCAUCCCUGACUACGUGUAAGCUCACCUCUGGCCGGUACCCAAACUGCAGGUACAAAGAGAAGCAACUGGUGGCUCCUUACAUCGUGGCCUGUGACCCUCCCCAAAAAGGGGAUUCUGGACACUUGAAGCUGGUUCCCGUGCACUUGGACAAAGUCCUUUAGGUUUCUAGCCUUCCUUGUGCUUGGGCUGUGCCUGAAUUCCCUCUCCAGGCCUCUGGACCACUCCUCCUUUUCCCAGAAGGCUCUCUUCUGACAUCUCUUGGGGCCCUUCCUAGCUCAGGCUCCUCUGAGAGGAUGGGGGUUGGGGGUAGGGGUGUUGAGGUUGAAACUUUAGUAGGCUCGGCUCCAGAAGAGAUGGUCUUUCCCAGGAGCUUAUCCCCAAGAGAGGGGCUGAGCAAGCUUAGGGGUGCAGGUUCCUGGAUCUGUGCCUCAUAUGUCUCUCCCCUGCCCCAUCUUCUGGUGGCAGCGUGACAAGAGGAGGAAAGAAAUGGAAAAGGAGUGCAUGGGAUUUAUGGAAAGAGCUCUUUUUGUCCCUAAAUGAGGCCUCUUCCCCAGCUCUGACCCAGUAGUGAGGUGGCCUGUGUGCAGAGAGGCGGCCGGAAGGAAAGAUGACAAAGAAGCACCGCCUUGUAUUUACAUAGCAUUUCAUGCUUUUCAUGCUGGAUCCACGUGAGUCCCUCGUGAGACGGACUUGACAGGAAUUACUUGCCUUCUUCAGGGAUGAGGAAGUUGAGAUUUCAGAAAGCUUAAUUAAUUCAAGGGCUUGCCAGGUUGGUUAGUAGCAGAACUUGGACUUGAAACUAGGUCUCCUUACUCUAAAUACAGUGCGCUUUCUCCUUUACCACUGGCCGAAAAAUGAGAGCCCUCUGCAGGGACAAGAGGGGAACUAGGUAAGAGUUCACCCAUGAAGAAAUGUACAGAGAGCUCUGAAGAGUUGGCUGCAGUAAAGGUCAUUACCUCUCUAGCCAAGAGACUGUUUCUGAGGUGCUCCAGGGGUCUUGGCGCGCUCUUUCUCUCUGCCUCUCUGCACCCCUCCUUCUCUAGCCCACUGCUCUUCUGUCCUGGGCCCUGGGCCUGCCUCUGGCUUGAUCGCCUAGGUCUGAAAGCAGAGUGUCAGGGGAGUGUCCCAGCUUCAUCCCUCUGCUCCAGGAUCACAUUUCUCUUGACCUCAAGGGACUUCCGUGGCCCGGUGCCUGCUUGUCACAAACAAGCUGAUGGGAGCUGCCAGAGCUUCCUUCCUCCCGAUAAUGAUCUCUCUUGCCUCGGUGCUUCCCUGGCUCUCUGCUCUGGCAGUCCGCCCCAGGCCCGAGGGGUUGAGAUGUGGAAAUGCCAUCUACCUAUCCCCUGGGCUGCAGACACCAUUUCUCCUUCACUGGCGAGCAGAACUGGAGAAGCUUUGGCUUUACGUUGACUCAGUCUUGGUAGCCUCCCACCCCCAGCCCCCGCCUGGCAUUGCCUGCAGCCCUGACCGACACCAUCGCCUUCUCUCUUCCUGAACCUCAGUCCCAGACAAACUGCACUCCGCCCCACGCCCACGCCCCGCCCCCCUACCUCAGCGCCCAGAUACUGCCUUGUUAGACUUUCCCUUCUCAUCCGGGGAGUCUACUCUCUACCAGUCCCUCCCCUACACCCCUGUGCUCUUUUAUUCCUUCCCAGGGUCAGAGUAAUCUUUGGAGCCAGAUAAAAUUGAGUGUAAAUCUUGACUCGGUCCUUCAUGGCUACAUGACCUGGAAAAAACUACUGAACCUCUUUGCAACUAUGUUUCCAUUUAUGGGAAUAAUACCACCUACCCAACAGGAUUACAGGAAGAUUUAGAAAUGACAUUUAUGAAGCCUUAGUCAGCCCGAGGCACUGGUAGGCCUCAAUAGUGAUAGCUAGUAGUAGCAAUGGCAAUAAUAGUAGCAAUACCCCUGUCAGGUCAUACCCGUCUUUGGCAAACACGAAGACCAAGGCAAAUGCCCCACUCAAUUCUCCUGGAGGGCUUUCUUCUGCUAGAGCAAUGUUUAUGAGGAGGCUAGAGUAUAAAUCUGUAGGCAGAGUCCUGAUAGGUGGGCUGGGUGGUUCGAGAUGCUGAGGAGAGAAGGUAGGGGAGGGAUGAUGAAAAGAAAGGACUGCAGAACAUUGAACAGUUUUAUUCUUGAUCUGGAUAUGUUUACUUUGUGAAAAACCCUUUGAGCUGUACACUUAAGAUGUGUGUACUUUACUGUAUGCCUGUUACACCUCAAUUUGAAAAUCCUCCUAAAAACUAUAGUUCUUAAGGAUUAUUUUAUUUAACAUAAUAAAUGCUAAUACAUCAAUUCACAAAGAUUUUAAUACAAUGAAAUCAUGGAAUCACAAUAUAAUCUAAUUAAUAUGGUUCUGCCUUGUGCUAUUUGUUGAAGUAAAUACUAUUUGCAGUAUUUAUUAAAUUGUUAUUAAUACUUUUAGCUCAAAAAUUAUAUAAGGCUCUUCCUAAAGUUGUCUAGCUAGUACAUACUUUCUGUUAACAUAACUGUCAACUAAUUUACCUAUUUUUGAACUGUGAAAAUGUAAAAUAAUUUUGUAUAUAAUAAAAGCUUUCACAACCAUUAUUACAGCAUUUUUCUU